AUGAAUGCAAUUGUUUCGUUGGUACAUUUUUGUGAGGUUGAUGGUCCAAGUGUAAUAUUUUGUACACAAGCUUUUCAUGAAAAUGCAAUAGAAGAGAGGGCAACAGAGGAUUUUCUCAAUAUUAAGUCAAAUAAUGUUGGUGAAAGGCCACCAGUACAAGCUUCUUCUUGCUCUUCUUGUGCAUUUCCUUUAUUUUCCAUUGAUCAAUCAAAAGAUCAAAAAGAAACUAUGACGGGAAAAGGAAUCGAUGAAGUAAAAGGCGUGGAAGGUGGUGAGAAAAGUGACCCGAAAAAAAGAUUCAACAAUAAUUGUGAAUCAAUUAAAGGUUUUAAAACUAAAGAUGACGAAAAUCCAUUGGUCACGUAUAUUGGAUCCAGAUAUCCACAACAUCCUAGGCUUUACUCCGCAUUAAGGCAAGCCUGUGUUAGAAGUUUAAGUUGUGAAUAUUGUCAAGGAAGAGAAGGACCUGUGUUGUUUGGAGAUGAUAAAAAUGGAUACGAAACCAAUUUCGAUGGUGAUGUUAAAGAUAUAGCAAAUGAAGAACGAUUAGAAAUUGAAUUACGAUUUCAACAAGAUAUAUCAAACUUUGCAGAAAAUUUAUUUGAUAAAAACAAAUAUCCAAAUUUAUGGCAGACACUGUCGGGCAAGAUCAAACAAAUUCAAGAUACCAAUAAUAAACUUAAAGUUUCUUGGAUAGCAUUAAAUGAUGAUAAGAGUGUAACUGUGUCGCUUCCUAGUGAAAAAAAUUACGCUGGUGGUCUUGAUGAUAUGGAUAAUGAUGGUCGGGUUUGUGAAAUACCAGCUGACACUAACAAAAAUAAAACUAAUAUUGAAAAAGGCAAGUGGUUUUCAGGUAUAAACCCAGGAAAAAAUUCACUAGAUAGUUUAAUUGAAAAAAUAUGUGAAGAUUGUGACAUUAAUAUUGGUAAGCGACACAUAGUAAAUCAUUCCAUGAAAACAACUGAUAUAAUUCAAUUAACAAAAUUAGGUGUUCCUUUUAAUGAAAUUAUUAUGAUGCUUAACAAUGUAUCAUAUUUAAUCGAUUCAGAAUCAUCAUCAUCACCUGAAAAUCCGAAGCUG